GUGUCUGUGCAGGUGCUUCAGUCAAAGAGGAGCGACUCCAGCAACACUCCUGCCCUCUGGUCCCCCUCUCAGGAAAAAUGUCUCGGGAUUAUUUUGGAUUCUCCUAUAUAAGGAGCAAUGCAAGAAACGGCACGGGCACCGUGGCGCUUAACAAUGCAGCAGAUAUCUCGGUUAUUGUGAUUUACUUUGUGGUUGUCCUGGCUGUCGGAGUAUGGGCUAUGGUCCGCACCAACCGAUCCACUGUUGGUGGCUUCUUCCUUGCAGGGAGGAGUAUGGUGUGGUGGCCGAUUGGAGCGUCACUCUUUGCCAGCAACAUUGGCAGUGGCCACUUUGUAGGAAUCGCUGGGACUGCUGCAGCUGCAGGGAUAGCCAUUGGUGGAUUUGAAUGGAAUGCUCUCAUAGUGGUCGUCAUUCUGGGAUGGCUAUUUGUGCCCAUCUACAUCAAAGCUGGGGUGGUGACCAUGCCUGAGUACCUGAAAAAGAGAUUUGGAGGACAGCGUAUCCGCAUCUAUCUCUCUGUGUUGUCCCUCUUCCUUUAUGUUUUCACCAAGAUCUCAGCAGACAUGUUCUCUGGUGCCAUUUUCAUCAACCAGGCUCUUGGGUUGAAUAUUUACCUCGCUGUCAUCAUGCUACUUAUGAUUACUGCGCUGUACACCGUCACAGGUGGCUUGGCUGCAGUGAUCUACACAGACACCUUACAGACCAUCAUCAUGGUUGUUGGAUCAUUCAUCCUUAUGGGCUUUGCUUUCCAUGAGGUGGGAGGCUAUGAAAGCUUCCAGCAGCGCUACAUGGAGGCUGUCCCUUCGAUCACGGCUAACAUCAGCGCAGAGUGCUACGAGCCUCGGGCAGACUCCUUCCAUAUUUUUAGGAAUGCAAUUACAGGAGACCUGCCGUGGCCUGGCCUUGUGUUUGGACUCACCAUUCAGGCCACCUGGUACUGGUGCACUGAUCAGGUGAUUGUCCAGCGUUGCCUCUCAGCCAAGAAUUUAUCUCAUGUUAAGGCAGGCUGUAUCCUAUGUGGCUACCUGAAGCUGCUGCCCAUGUUCCUCAUGGUUUUCCCAGGGAUGAUCAGCAGGAUCCUCUAUGCUGAUGUAGUGGCAUGCGUGGAACCGGCUGAAUGUCAAAAAUACUGCGGUGCCAGUGUGGGCUGCACCAACAUUGCUUAUCCCAAACUGGUGGUGGAUCUCAUGCCCAAUGGUCUGCGAGGUCUUAUGCUGUCAGUGAUGCUGGCCUCUCUGAUGAGCUCACUUACCUCCAUCUUCAACAGUGCCAGUACUCUCUUCACAAUGGACAUCUACACCAAGAUUCGCCGCUCAGCCAGAGAGAAGGAACUCAUGAUUGCUGGCAGAGUGUUUAUCUUGGGCCUGAUUGGUGUGAGUAUAGCAUGGAUCCCUGUGGUGCAAUCAGCCCAGAGUGGUCAGCUCUUCGACUACAUCCAGUCCAUCACCAGCUACCUCACACCACCCAUUGCAGCUGUCUUUAUGCUUGCCAUCUUCUGCAAACGUGUCAAUGAGCCUGGUGCAUUUUAUGGCCUCACAAUUGGCCUGGGUAUCGGCCUGUCCAGGAUGAUUGCUGAGUUCGCUUAUGGUACAGGCAGCUGUGUUAACCCCAGUGACUGCCCCACCAUCAUAUGUGGAGUCCAUUACCUCUACUUCUCCAUCAUCUUAUUUGUUGUCUCCUGUGUCCUCAUCCUAUCUAUCUCUCUCAUGACCAAACCUAUCGACGACAAGCAUUUGUAUCGACUGUGUUGGAGCCUGAGGAACUGUACGGAGGAGAGGGUGGACCUUGAACAGGAUGAUUGGAUUGAUAACCAAACAGAUUCCAACACUAUGGACAUAGAUGAAUCAGAGGAGGAGCCAGGCUUCUGCAAGAAGGCACUGAUGUGCUUCUGCGGCCUGGAGCAGGAAAAAGCCCCCGAGCUGAGCGCAGAAGAGCAGGCAGAGAUGCAGAAGAAGCUCACAGACACCACAGAGGUGCCUCUAUGGAGAAACGUUGUCAAUGGCAACGCCAUCAUCCUCCUAUGUGUGGCUGUUUUCUGUCACGGUUUUUUCGCUUAAAGAAACUCGACUGACCCCAAUUGCUCUCGGAUACUGGAAUCUAUAUUUAAGUGACAGGAUAUAUGAAUGUACUUUAUGACCGGAUGAGCUGUUGCCCACAACUCUCUGAAAUAAGAUAACUCACUUGCAGGCCUUACUCUACUGUGUCGUAAUUACUAUACAUACUGUACCGUGUACUUCUCCAGUAUAUAAAUAUUUUUUUGUAAAGUAUGUGCCUAUUUAAAACUCUACUAAAAUAUUUCAAUACUGUAUACAGGUCUAGUGUAAAAGUCUUCAAGGUAUAUACUGUAAUCUUUGCCAUUUUGCAGCUGAAGUAAACCACACUGUAAUAUAUUAACACAUAUUACACUUAAAACACGUUAAUAUUGUGCACAUGUAUUUUCUGCACAUUGUCUCGACCCUCUGCACAGUCGUAGGUCUUCCAAAUUUAACUAUGAGUUUACUUCCUUGUCUUUACCGUUGCUUUUGUCAUUGUAGGUAUAAUGAAAGAGGGCAAGAGUGGCUGUGUAAAUUAGGACAGCUUAUAAAUGGAGAUGCAGAGUGACUCACGGUUCACCUGAAAAGAGCGCACGCCUGCUGAUCGUAGUGGCGGAAAUGUAUUAUUUAAUUUGUGAUAGCAGCCACGAGUUCUUGUUCAUGUUAACUUGAUAAAAUAAUCAGAACUCUUUCAGCAUCAGUGUGUGUAGAAUUUGAUCUAAAUGAUGUCUAUUCCUGUUCAAUUCAAUCACAUAUUCUCACUCAACACUGGAAAUAUAAAUGUUUCGUUAUUAUCUUGUGGUCUUUCUAGUUCACAUGUAAGUGAAAGUGAUUCUUUUGUUUUAACUUAGGACACUGCUUUAAAUCAUGAAAAAUUAGUGAUCACAUGAUAAACAAAAUGCCAGCAACUUACCUGUAAUGUAUGACAGAUCAGGGUUUUCUGAGAUAGAAGACGUUCAAAUUCCUGGUAAUGACUGUUUUUCUACCUCAUUCUAAACCUUGUUUUUCUCAUUAUGUGGGCUCAAUGUCCAUGAGUGCUGUCACUUUUUAAAAUCAAUGCACCUUACUGUUGUUUUAGGCGUUAAUGAAUAAAAACUUCUCAGGGAACAAUGGUUGUGAAUUACA